GGCGCUUUAACUUUCCGUUGAACUUUGAGGCGGCGGUUUAACUCAAACGAUGAGCAAAGAGACUAGAAAACGACGUGUCGGCAUUGUUGGAUUUGGAGAGUUGGGUCAAUAUUUGGUGAAAGCAAUUCAAAAGAGCGAUGACUUAGAACUUGCAUUUGUAUGGAAUAGAUCUCCAGAGUUUCUUAAAACACAAAUAGAUGUCAAGUAUAUUUUAGAUGAUCUUAGUGAGUUUGCUGAAAGGGAUGCUGAUCUAAUAGUAGAAGUAGCUCAUCCUGUUAUUUCUCUGCAGUAUGGCGAAAAGUUUCUUCAACAUGCUGAUUAUAUGGUUGGUUCUCCAACAAGUCUUGCUGAACAAGAGGUAGAAAACAAACUCCGAAGUGCAGCAAAGCAUCAUGGGAUGUAUAUACCCAGUGGUGCAUUCUGGGGAGGAAAUGAUAUCAAGAAAAUGGCCGACAGAGGAACCUUAAAGGGUCUGAGAGUGACAAUGAAGAAACAUCCAAGCAGUUUUAAAGUACUUGGAGAAUUGAAAGACAAGAAUGAUUCAGUGACUGACUCUCUUGUUGUGCUCUAUGAUGGUCCAGUGAGACAGGUUUGUUCCUUAGCUCCUAACAAUGUCAAUACUAUGGCAGCUGCGGCCAUUGCGGCACACAAUCUGGGAUUUGACAAAGUCCAGGGAUGUUUGGUUUCUGAUCCCAGUUUAACAGAUUUUCAUAUUGUCGAAGUGGAUGUGACAGGACCUUGUGAUGCACUAUUGGCAAAGCCAUUCACAGUCAAGACUGUGAGAACAAAUCCUUCCAAGGUUGGUCAUGUGACUGGUUCUGCAACGUAUGCAUCAUUGCUCAGCAGCAUGUUAGGUGCAAAGGACAUGGGUCCGGGUGUUCAUCUGUGCUAGCUGUCAUGGGCUAUCACUAGAGGAAAUGUUUCAAAGUCAGCUGUCUGUAGGAUGUCAACAAAACAUUUUGCAAUACAGAUAGAUGAAAUCAUUUUAUUUAUUCAUAGAAUGAUGCUCAAUGAAACUUACAAACAGAAGAAUAUAUCCCUAAAUAUUGUAUAUCAUGGACAUUCAACCAAUCAGACAAUCAAUUGUACAAGUUUCUACCCAUUGAAGCAAACUAUUAAAGGGUGGUGGUGGUGGUGGUCGUGCUGUGCAUGUGCGACAUUUGUGUUGAAAAACAUUGAUUUUCCCACAAUCCAUUUGUAAUCUGCGCAACAGCCAAUGUCGCCAUCUUUGUUUACGAGACCCAUAUAUCUCGUGCAUGUGUGGUGCUACGACUGCCACUCUUUAAGAUACAGAAUUAAAAAGCCAGUGGUUCUUGAGAUAGCAUUGGAACAAGAUUUGACACAGACGUACAUCAGUACAACAUUACCUGUCGUUUGUGUGUUGCACACAUAGGGGCCAAAAGUGAUCAUAGAGUUGGGUUAAAAGUACUGAGUGUAAAUAUCAAAAUUGAUGGUUGAGUGCUGUUUGGACAUCUUUUUCAUGCUCUUAUUUUGAAAUAUGUGUAAAUUACAAAUCUACCUAUGCAUGAAUCAAAACUGUUAUUACCAAUCUAGAGACAAAAAACCUGUGGAGGAAUAUAAAUCCAAUAAUGUGAACCACAAAAGAGGUACGGUACAUAUAAACCCAAAAUUGCAGUUGUUGUAUCGUUAAACAUGAACUUUUUUCGAAUAUAUAAAUAAC